UGAGGGGCCACAUUAUCUUAGUUCCAGAAUUUAGUCUUCCUCUGGAAUACUACCUAAUUCCCUUCCUUAUCAUAGUGGGCAUCUGUCUCAUCUUAAUAGUCAUUUUCAUGAUCACAAAAUUUUUCCAGGAUAGACAUAGAGCUAGAAGAAACAGACUUCAUAAAGAUCAACUUAAGAAACUCCCUAUACAUAAAUUCAAAAAAGGAGAUGAAUAUGAUGUAUGUGCCAUCUGUUUGGAUGAAUAUGAAGAUGGAGAUAAGCUCAGAAUCCUUCCCUGUUCUCAUGCUUAUCAUUGCAAGUGUGUAGACCCUUGGCUAACUAAAACCAAAAAAACUUGUCUAGUCUGCAAGCAAAAAGUCGUUUCUUCUGAAGGUGAUUCAGACUCUGACACAGACAGCAGUCAAGAAGAAAACGAGGUGUCAGAACAUACCCCUUUACUCAGACCUUUGGCUUCUGUCAGCACCCAGUCAUUUGGGACUCUGUCGGAAUCCCGCUCACAUCAAAACAUGACAGAAUCUUCAGACUAUGAAGAAGAUGACAAUGAAGAUCCUGACAGUAGUGAUGCAGAAAACGAAAUUAACGAACAUAGUGUUGUGGUCUAGCUGCAGUCUAAUGAACAGGAUUACAACAUAGCAAAUACUGUUUAGCCCAAUCAGAAGAUGAUUGGGUUAUUUCCCUUUAUUUAGGUAUAUAAUUUGAUUUUUUGCUCCCUUCACAGAUUUCUGUAGAAAUAACUUAUUUUUUAGAUUUCUACAGUUUAAUCUUACUGAAAGUUGUUGUUUCUUUUUUAAAUCUAGUAUUUACCUGCAGGAGUGUACUUCAUUUUACUAACAAGUAACAACAGACUGGUACUGUAACUCAAGCAUCAAAUCAACUCUUAUUUUGGAAUGAAAUAUAGCCAAACAUAAAAAAAAAAAUUCAGUACAGCUUGCAAUUAAGA